AUGUCUCUGUUAUAUUAUCUUCAACCAGAUGCACUCGUCAACUUUCAUGACUGUCAAUACAACGCUGUCGGUCUCACUUUCGACGACGCACCAAGUAGUUCCACAAACAACAUGUUAGACACUUUGUACCGCCAUGACGCCUCCGCCACGUUUUUCAUGCUUGGCAACAAACUUGAGAAUUACAUCAAUGACACGGUCUUAAGUCCCACACUUGAGAAACUUUUAAAGAAUGGAAAUGAAGUUGGCAAUCACAUGUAUAACCAAGACGCUUCCUUUCAAUUAACACGAAAUCUAUUCAACAAACAAUUCUUUAAGACUCAUGGUUAUAUCGAGCGGUUAAAGCUUUGGAGGAACAACAAAUACAAAUGGUUUAGACCCGGGUCCUUCUUUCCCACAAAUCAAAUGUAUGACAUCGUCGGUAAAUUGGGGUAUACCCUUGUCAUGGGGAAUACUCACUCCUUCGAUUUCCAAAUCAGAAAAACACAGUACAACCUCUUUGCACUCACAGGAAGAAUCAAAAGUGGGGAUAUCAUCAUAUGCCAUGACUUAAAAGAUAAUUUGGACUAUGUUGAAGAAAUGCUCAUCUACUUGGAAAUGAAGGGGUUUAAAGUUAUAACUUUAUCAAAGAUGAUGGAAACGUGUGUACCAAAUAACAAACUCCAUUUCCAAGGCGAUUUCGCUUUGCAUUGA